UUGUCAACGCCAUGUGGAUUUUCUAAUGGAGCACAUCAAGAUGGCGUCCAAUCCUGAGGAGAAAGCUAAUGUAGAAGAUUCCGUAGAGAGAGCGCAAUGGGAGCCUACGCACGAGUGGGAGUCAAGACUCAAGUUUGUAGAGGACAAUCUGGAAAGGCAUACUUUAGAGAAAGCAACACAACUUUCAAUUGUCUGGGCAAACAUGAAUUUCCUGGGCUGCCGUUAUCCAGUGAAUACAGAGUCCCUUGUGUCGUGGUACCCUCUGCCCAGUCUGGAUGAACUCCGCGAGAGAAGAAAUCGUCAUCCAAUUAAGAGAAAGUCUCAGAAAUUGUCGGAGAAUAUUGACGGACCCUCUGAACCCAAGAAACCGGCUCCGUCGCAACAAGAUGUUAGUGAUCUCAUCUCUUCAAUUCGCUCAAAGACAGAGCCGCCUCGUGUUGCUCUUGGGCUGGUGGAGUCCAUUGCAAGGAAGCUGUGUUUGUGUGUCAAGUGUAUUGGGAAAUGUGAGAACACCGUAGUGAAAGUUCAGAGGGUGCUGGAGAAGCACACUGCAUUGUGUAACGAACCCGUGGAGAUGACCUUUAACGAGUCAUCAGAAGGUCAUGUGUGUGUGCUCAUGUUUCGUGACAAGGCUGUCAUGGAGAGGACUGAAAGCAAGAAGAAAGAUGCCAAGUCAGCAGUUUGUGCCGAGCUUAUGAGAAAAGUUGAAGAAUGGCAGGAAGCCAACCAACUGCCACCGUGCAAAAAUACGACACCAUCCACCCCUCACGACUAUCCGCCCCCUCGAAACGAGUAUCCUCACUAUGGCAACUCAUAUCCGCCUCCGAAUGCCUAUAAUCGCCCCCGAUAUCCCUCACACUCUCACAGCCACCAACCCACUAACUCCUAUGCACCACGGAACGAUCGACCUUCGCGACCUCCGUAUCAGGAAAGGGCUAAUUACUAUAUGCCCCCUCCAUCAAGAGGAGCUGGUAACCAUGGCUACAGGGGAGGAUAUAAUCAAGGCUCUUAUUAUUGACAGUAGAUAUUAUUUUAUUAAGACAGGUAAUGUGUACUUUCAAUUGUUUUCCCAUCAUAAUUUUUCUAUUUGAACUAUAUAAUUAUAUGUUUUGCACAUUUAUUCUCUGCAUUUUAUCAAAAUAAGUUAAUUCUAUUCUUG